CGCGAGUGAUUGUGGAUAGCAAUAGCGAUGUUUUGGUAGCUAGACAUCAUGAAGCGUAUAUAUCCGUUUCACAAAUAUAUCUACGCAAUUGAGCUGAAACCUUAAGAACAUACAUUCGUUAUUGGAACGUAGCCCUGUACAGAUGGGGACAACAACAUGAACGUGACCAUGAACGCUAGUAGCAGUGAGGCGCGUUACUGCGGCCCGGGAUUGGAGCACUUCCACGCCGGUUACCGUCAUGCCCACGGCUACGUCAGUCUGCUGGUCUGCGUCUUCGGCUCCGUGGCGAACGUACUCAACAUCGCCGUCCUCACUCGGCGAGAGAUGAGUUCCCCUACCAACACCAUCCUGACCGGACUGGCAGUGGCCGACCUCCUCGUGAUGCUGGAGUACAUCCCCUUCGCCUGCCACAUGUAUCUCCCGCAGCGACCCAAGAGGGAGCGGUUCUCGUACGGCUGGGCGUUGUUUGUGCUGCUGCACGCGCAGGUCUCCCAGGUCUGCCACACGAUCUCGAUAUGGCUGACGGUGACUCUGGCUGUGUGGCGGUACAUCGCGGUGGCGUACCCGCAACACAACCGAGAGUGGUGUGGCAUGCAGAGGACUAUCGCUGUGAUAGUCUUCGGCUACAUCUUCUGUCCUCUGCUGUGCGUACCGCUCUACCUCGCCUUCGAGAUCGAGCCUAAGAUAGCGUUACUCGGCGAGGACGGGAAUGACGCUCAGCCCAACUCUACGAUAGCGUACAACACGACCUUAUACGUGGUAGACCUCAGCGCGAUGGGGAAAGCCAACAAUAACCUGCUGAUGGACAUCAACUUCUGGGUGUACAGUGUAGUUAUCAAGAUAAUUCCUUGUAUCGCGCUGACAGUCCUGAGUCUUCGACUCAUCUGUGCGUUGUUGGACACCAAGAGACGCCGCGAGAAGUUGACCAGCGGCAGCAAGAAGACGACGCGUCUCUUGGAGAAGGAGCGUCAGACGGAUCGCACAACCAGGAUGCUACUGGCUGUCCUGCUUCUCUUCCUACUCACCGAGGUCCCUCAGGGUAUCUUAGGGAUGUUGAGUGUCAUGCUGGGCCAGAGGUUCUUCAGGGACUGCUACAACAAACUAGGGGAGGUCAUGGACAUCUUGGCUCUUAUAAACUCUGCCAUCAACUUUAUCCUCUACUGUGCGAUGAGUAGACAGUUCAGGACUACGUUCAGUGUGCUGUUCAGGCCGAGGUGGCUGCCAGUGCCCCAAGUGGACAACAACGGUCACAGUAACUACACGACUACUCAGGUGACCCAGGUUUAGUGACGAGCUAGCGAGAGGGUUCCCUGCACAUCUCUCUAGACCUCCCUUCUUGCCUCUCAUACCUCGACCCAGCGUGCAAAGUGGCCUUGUACUUUCUUUUAAGAAAUUUUAAUGGAAGUAUAUAUAAUAUAUAUACUA